CCGCCCUACCCCUAGCAGCUCCCAACCCGGAGCCUCUCUCCAUCAGUCCCCAGCCCUCUCCUCCAAUGCGCCUGGUGGCCAGACUCCAAGAGGGACCGCCGGACGGACGCGCAGCCUCGGGGGGUGGUCAAAACUGAUGGAGAACCUCUCUCUGGAGCCUGAGAUCCAAGAUGACUGUGGGCCACCCAGGACAGGGGGUGCUCCCGCAAAGCCCAGGAACAACUUCAAAGACUUGAUGGUCAAGCUGACCGAGGGCCAGUAUGUGCUGUGCAGAUGGACGGAUGGAUUAUAUUAUCUUGGAAAGAUCAAAAGGGUCAGCAGUUCCAAGCAAAGCUGCCUUGUGACCUUCGAAGAUAACUCCAAGUACUGGGUCUUAUGGAAGGACAUUCAACAUGCUGGCGUUCCAGGCGAAGAACCCAAAUGCAACAUCUGUCUGGGAAAAACAUCUGGACCCCUGAAUGAAAUUCUCAUCUGUGGAAAGUGUGGUCUUGGUUACCAUCAGCAAUGCCAUAUCCCCAUUGCAAGCAGCACCGAAGGGCCCCUGCUAACACCAUGGUUCUGCCGACGCUGUAUCUUCGCUCUGGCUGUGCGGAAAGGUGGCGCACUGAAGAAAGGAGCCAUUGCCAAGACCUUGCAAGCAGUGAAAAUGGUACUCUCUUACAAGCCAGAGGAGCUAGACUGGGACUCCCCACAUCGGACCAACCAGCAGCAGUGUUACUGCUACUGUGGAGGUCCUGGAGAGUGGUACCUAAGAAUGCUUCAGUGUUACAGGUGUAGGCAAUGGUUUCAUGAGGCCUGUACCCAGUGCUUGAAUGAGCCCAUGAUGUUUGGAGACAGGUUCUAUGUGUUCUUCUGCUCAGUGUGUAACCAGGGCCCAGAGUACAUUAAGAGGCUACCUCUAAGAUGGGUGGAUGUGGUUCACCUUGCCCUCUAUAACUUGGGAGUACAGAGCAAAAAGAAAUACUUCGAUUUUGAAGAAAUCCUAGCCUUUGUCAAUCACCACUGGGAUCUUCUUCAGCUUGGCAAGCUGACCAGCACCCCAGUGACAGAGCGAGGACCACAUCUCCUUAAUGCACUGAACAGCUACAAAAGCAGGUUUCUCUGUGGCAAGGAGAUCAAGAAGAAGAAAUGUAUCUUCCGACUAAGGAUCCGGGUCCCUCCCAACCCACCUGGUAAACUGCUGCCUGACAAGGUGGUAGCUCUGAAGGAAAAUGGCAGCACUUCCUCUGACCUACAGAAGAGAGGGAAGAGCAAGUACCAAACUAAGCAUAGUUCGGUGCCUCAUGAGCAGCAGAAAAGGCGAGUUGUUAGAAGAAAAAGAUCAAAAUUUUUGUUGGAAGAUGCUAUUCCCAGUAGUGACUUCACCUCAGCCUGGAGUACCAAUCACCACCUGGCCAGCAUAUUUGACUUCACUCUAGAUGAGAUUCAGAGUUUAAAAAGCGCCAGCUCAGGCCAAACAUUUUUCUCAGACGUGGACUCGACCGACGCUGCCAGCACAUCUGGCUCGGCCUCCACCAGCCUGUCCUACGAGUCCAGGCGGACUGUGGGCAGCCGGAAGAGGAAGCUGGCAGCCAAAGCAUACACAUCCCUAGGGGCGAAGCGGCGGGCAACAGAGCCUGGUGGGCGCUGCACCUCAGACAGCAGUGCUGAAGGGGGCUCUGGCCCUGAGAGACCUGAUGAUGGCAUUGAUAGCCACACUUUUGAGAGCAUCAGUGAGGACGAUUCCUCCCUUUCCCACCUCAAGUCCUCCAUCACCAACUAUUUUGGUGCAGCUGGGCGGCUGGCAUGUGGUGAAAAGUACCAGGUCCUUGCUCGAAGGGUGACUCCUGAAGGGAAGGUCCAGUACCUGGUGGAAUGGGAAGGGACGACCCCAUACUGACCCAGUGUUGGAGAUGGGGGGAAGAGUGUGAAGACAGUCUCUAAAGAGUCUCGUUAACCAAAGGAGAGAAGAGGGAAGUCUAUCCCAGGGGCCUACUAAGCUCUUGGGCUUCUCUCUAUCCCCAGGGGUUUCAAGGGAGAUGGGAAUAUAGUGAUGCUCAGCUCUAGAAUUCCAUGCCUUUUUGAAAGGCUAAGAUAAAAGCUCCCAUGGUGUUUGACUGAGCUCCUAGCUUGGACUGACUUCUCUCUUCUCAUUUUCUCUCCUUUUGUGUCUUUUUUUUUUUUAAAUUUCCUCUUCCUCCUUCUGUUUUUGUCUCCUUCCCUAGUCUCUGUUUUACUUUCUCGAUGUCUGUCCGUAUUUCCCUCCCUCUACAUCUUCGUCUCUUUACCUACAUGUUUUACUUAUCUAGGGGUUUCUUUCUGUUCCAUGAUAUGUUUGCCUUUGUCUUUUUUUGUCUGUCUUUUCUUAUCUAUUCCUCUCCACCCCAUUCCUCCACCCUUCCCCAAGCUAUAUUAUUUUAGUAGCUGAAUAUAUGCAGAGGGCAGCUGCUACAUGCCUUUCUCUGACCUGACCUUGGGCAAGAUGUUCUCAUGGCAUCAGAGCACCUUUAGCAUAGUGGGGUGGAGUUCAUCUCUCUGGAGUGUGAAGGAGACCCUCCCACUAGUUGCCUCUUGCAGCUGUAUCUCCUGUCUUCCCCCACCCAACGUGAAUGUGGAUUCCACUGGUGGAGUAAAGGGAAGAUUGAUAAUGAGUAGGACAAAGACAUCAAUGCAACCUCAUAUUGCUCACCUUAUGGGACAGAGAAAUUCCUCUAUUGGAUGAGAGGCCCGCACCCCCACCAUACCCACCGAGAAUGAACAACAGAAAGGGUCAUUUCUUUCCAUUGUAUUUAUUUCUUACCUUAAUGGAAUGGCAUUUAACUUUGAAGAGUCUCCAUUUCCCUCUUGACAUAACCGAACCCCACCCCUCCUCCCCCCAAACUUUGCUGCGAAGCUAAGAUAGAAAUCACUUGGUCACUAAAGGGCUUUCUGUAUUGGGAGUCCUGGAUUGGGGGAGGAGGGAAGACAAGAACUUGACCAAAGGCAGUGCCCCAAACCUAGCUUCUUCCCUUCCCUGGAUUCUAGACACACAUCGGAUUUCCCCCUUUAUUGGAGGCAGUCAGAUGGAUUCAUUAAGUACAGCCUUUCCUAGGAACAAGCCCUUUAGCCAGUUCCCUGGAGGUGGGUGUUGGAGGUAUGUGUUUUUAGGAAAAGGGAUGCUAUAACGAGGAUUGUGGUACUUUAGGUCUCAACGAAACCCCAUAAGGCAAUUAGUUCAACCUCACUUUUUACAGAUAAAGAACUGGAGAGGUAGUGUAAGGGGAAGAGCAUCAGACUGGGAAUUCAAGGAUUAGAAGAAGGUUGACUCUGGAGUCAGGACCUGGAUUCAAAUCCUGCCUCUG